AAAGGCUACGAACGCAAUCAACAGUCUUCGUGCCAGAAGGUACAAGAAUGUUAGAGAGCUCAUGGAUACCGUAGAACGUCUGCUCGUGGUACCUGGUGCGCGCUAUGACCAGCAUGUACUCCUCACAGAUUACCUUAGAUGUCUGCCUUCAGAGGUUAGGACAAAGCUGGUAGACGAGGCCUAUGUCGAACAACACAACUUCGCUUCCUUCAGCAAGAAGGUCUUAGACAUAGAGGCAAAGUUGGGAUCUGUGGAUCAGAGUCAGGGAGAUGGUAGGAAGAAGAGACUUUUCCAUGACUGGAAGAAGAAAGGUCAACUAAUGUUCGUCGACCACAAUGGUCAGGCGACAAAAAUUGAUGACUUCCCAGACCUUGGGGAGGACACAGAGCACGAUGGGGCCAGCGAGACUUCGGAUGGGGGAGUCGUGGCACCCAUCAAAGAAAAGGCUAGGGGGACCGGGAAGAAGAACGUUGGCCAGUCUACGGGUCAGGGCGACCAACGAACGCCCGCAUGGGUGAAACUUGGUUUAGAGUAUGAGGUGUGGAGGGACCGAGUUGCUAGGGAGGCAAAGUUGAGGUUGGCAGAGGUGGAUGUGAGGUGGGCGGAUGUGAGGUGGGCGGGGGUGAGCAUAGGUGGAGGCAGUAGCGGAGGAGAACUGGCGGGGGAAUGCCGAGGGAGAAGUGGCAGAGGAAUCCCAAGGGGUGGGGGGAGGCGGAGGGGAGGGGACCGGCGAGCGGAGGUGGAGGUGAGGUGGCACCCGAGCGGAGAAGAGGUGGGUGGAGGCAGGGAGGAGAUAUGGGCAGUGGCGGAGGGGAGGUGGGUGAAGGCGGAGAGGAGAUGGCAGGAGAAGGCGGAGGGGAGGUGGGCGGAGGUGGAGGCGAGGUGGGCGUCCGGCGGAGAAGAGUUGGGCGGAGGCGGAGAGGAGAUGGUGGGCGGAGGCCGAGAGGAGAUGGUGGGCGGUGGUGGAGGGGAGAUGGCUGGAGGAGGCGGAAGGGAGGUGGGGGGUGGCGGAAAGCGGGAGCCUGUGGCGGAGUCGAGGUGGGCAGCCCGUUGGACGGAAAGCACCGCCCUGCAACGGGCCACAGCGUCGCCCUGCAACGGGCCCUAUUUCCAACGGGCGUGCCGAUCCAGGCACGCCCGUGGUCCUACCGGCCUGACGGUUCGGAUUUCCGCGCGAUCUUAAGACUUUAAGAUUGCGCAACAAUCCAGGCCGUCCGGCAAAGCGGAUGGUAUGGAUCGCUGUGCGAUCUUAAAGUCUUAAAGUCUUAAGAUCG